AUGGAUGCUUUUCAAGGGACGAUACAUGGAAAGAACAGUAUCAUUCCUGAUGCUGAAGAUGGUUUGGCUGAUGGAAACGCCCGCCAAGCACCUCUCCGAAGGAUUUCAUCCGAAAAUUGGUCGAAACAUCCACUGCUUUCAUCUGUCAACACUAAGAUGACGUACACUCUUCUUCUAGACAAGAUCGAGAGAUUAGAACUAGAAUCCGAUUCGAAAACAAAAGAAUUGGAGAAACGACUUCAGGAGACAGAGAACAAGCUUGGGAUUUCCCCACUCGCAAGUUUAAUCCCUUGGCGAAGUAGCAGCAUAACUCGCGAUGGUCCUGUGGAUUCUACUUUAAUCACAAAUAACAACACGAAAAGGAGCACCUUCAAAUUGACUCCGGAUAUGUACUCGAUCCUGGCGUGCUGGGAGUGGAGCACAAAGCCAUUCUGGGCGUCAUUAUUCGUUGUUUUUCUCCAGAUCACAUUGCUAUCAGUGCUGAUUGUAGAUCUAAUCGGAGGAGCUACGGUAGAUAACAUUCUGAACCUCCCUGGGAACGUGGAAUAUACGGUACGCAUUGCCCAGGCAGUGGCGGUCCCCAUCGCCGUGUUCAAGCAAGAAGAUCUACGAGAGGGCAUUGAAGGUAUUUUUCUCGGUAUGCCGCAUGCUUUCAGAGGUGACAUCAAAUUCCAGUCAAUGAAACCGAUAAAGUGGCGCAUAGGAUACUUCCUUCGCUUUGCUCAAGGAUUCUUGAGUAUGUUUGCCAGUUUCAUUCUUCUGAUACAGGCCGAGACGGUCUUUGAUCUGCUCUUGAACUUCCUCGGUAUUGAAUUCAUCUCAGAUCUUGAUAACCUAGCGUUUCGAUUGGCCGGUAUUGGAUACUUUGGUAUCACAACAAGAGAUUGCGUGAACACCAUCUCAGAGGCAGAAUUUAGCAAAGAUGAAAAGGACACAGGCGUCGUUGGUGUAGCCUUUUCACCAUCUUGGUUCAAGAAAUACGCUCACAUCUUGGGCGUGUUCUUCAUCUUCAUUGCAAUGGUAUCAAGUUUUAUAUUCUACGCUGCCCAACAAUACGAUGGAGAGUACCUGACCAGUACAGUUCGCGUUGAGUUUGGAGACGAGACGCUGCCAUUUCUUGGGAUAUUCAACGGUUGCUACACUGCUCGAAGCGACGGUACAAUUGCAGAACGUCUUGUGUAUGAGCAGAUGGGGCGUUCGACAAUGCAAGGAAAGCUAGCCUACUGCAGUGGUCUUGACGAUGGUAGUUGGGUGUUUUUCCAUGAGGGGGACGACCCAUGCAACAAUCCAAUUGCGUCAUCUGGAAGUACAAAGACUUUCGAUGUACUGGAGACUGCAGAAUCUCAGUGGUACACGAACACUGGUCUUCCACUUGAGUACCUGCAGAUCUACAAGAUUGACGAAACUGAUACAUGUGGCUCACGGGAUCUUCUGGACGCCACUCGUGACACAUGUUUGACUAUCGAGUUUGAGCUGGAAGGACAGUCAAGCACCUUUCAGAAGCAUCAGUUGAGUGCUUCAGAUGGAGGGGAAGCUUUGGAUGCAAUGAGGUCACACCCUAUUUACGUCAGUGCUAAUGGAUCAAACCCUGAAGUGGUUAUAUUCACAGGUCGCCGUUGGGUCUUGGCGAACUCGAGCAAUCUCGGUUCAUGGGAGAACACGACUGCGCUGUUGGAUGCUACCGGUAACGAAGAGUUCUAUUCGGAUCUACUAGAAGCAAAUGAUGAGUGGAUUCUGUCGGUCAGUGAGCCUGUCGACCGAGUGAAUGAUCAGGGCACACCACUUGGACUGCAAUGGUACUUUCCCCGGGAUAUUAAUGACGAGUCGAACACUACGAUUGAUUUCAACUUUCGCAUCUCGGAUUUAACUCGACCAGUCGAUCUUGCAUGCACAUCGUGCAACUCCAAGACAAAUCCAUGCCUUUAUGAAGGACUUUGUAGGGAUACGACUGGUGAAUGUGAAUGCAAACAUGGAGCGAGUGGCAAGCUGUGUCGUGAAAAACCGUUGGGAGACGGAAUCUGCAACACAUACUUCAAUACGCCAGAAAAUGAGUACGAUGGCGGCGAUUGCUGUGCAGACACUUGUGAAGGUGUCGAUUGCGAUGACUCCAGUAUUGAUUUUCCGUUUGGCAUUGAUAUGAGCAAAAGAGGCAACGCCUCCAGAGCAGCUUGGUUUGAAAUAGUCUUUGGGUUCGAUACUCCACAAAAUACAUUUGGGUACGAUGAAUGUCGCGAUCCAGAUCAAGCUUCGUUCACCAUUGAAAUGAAGCCAUCCGUUUGGCGGUUCUUCGACCCUGAAGCACCACUAAUCACAUCUCUGUUGGGGCUUGAUGCUGACUUUGACUGGUUCAACUCUUUCUAUUGCAUCGUGGAAAAGGUCCUUCUCACAUGCGAUGACAAGCCGUACAUGGAACUACCUGCCAUAUUAGACGCAUCAACUGACUAUGACGAUGGAUGCCCAACAUAUCGCCAGUCGUUCCAAGUACCGUAUGGUGCCAGCUGUGAGGUAACUUAUUCGAACUACAUGCAAUUUCUGCGUUCUGAAGACAUCAAUUUGUUGGUCAAAGUAGUUCACAGCUUUGAUGAGAAUCCCCUUUACGAAGGCCUGUCUCAAUUAGGAGAUACCUCGAUCCCGACUUUUCCUUGGGAUGUUCCAUUAUCGAAAUGUAUCACCGAGGCAUUUUCAAACAGAACCAAAUCUAUAUUUGACAAGACUACCAUAGAAGGUGCAGUCGCGAAUAGCCUUUCUAAUUCUGGGAGAGCAAUCGAGUGGUGCGAGAACAAAGGUGACCGCGGUAUACUAUUUGAGAGAUUUGGGCUUGAGGCACUUCUAAUGCUUCUGCUUGGUUCGACAGAAACGAUUGGAGGAGAGGUAAACCAUUGCAGUCUGCAAAAACUUGACGAAGGCUUCUUUACGCGCUGCAACGACGACAGAGUAUUGUCAUUGGAAAUCGAUGGUGACUACUAUACAACCAAUGUCAUGCUCGCGGACCUUCUGGGCUUGAUGCAAUCUUUCCCUCAAUUGCAAUAUCUCGGUAUCAAUGGCACCGUUUUGAACGGUCCAAUCCCAGUAAUGGAGAUCGCGAAUCUGCACAACUUGACCACACUGGGGCUUGUGAAUGGCAGAUUGAACGGCACAAUCCCUACGGAAAUCUCCAGUCUGCAAAAGUUGGAAACUGUCAUUCUCGACAACAACGAGUUAACUGGCCCAGCAAUCCCUAGUGAACUUCUAUCAUUGGAAAGGUUGAGUACUUACGCAGUCUCCAACAAUCGCCUGGGAGGAUCUAUUCCCGUUGAAAUCGAGAAUCUUAAAGCAUCGCUACAAACACUCCAUUUGAAUGGAAAUGAGAUCACUGGAACGUUGCCAACAGUUCUUGGGACCCUCGAAGAAGUAGUUUCUCUCAAACUCGAAGGGAAUCAGUUGACUGGGACAAUCCCAAGCACACUCGGCAAUCUCCGAUUUGCGUUGGAGCUAACUAUCUUCGAUAAUCGUCUGACAGGGUCCAUCCCAAACAGUUUACAGAACCUUCGGUUUCUGAGUACGCUCAAGUUGGAUGGAAAUGAGUUAGGUGGAACCAUUCCUGGACUUGGGAUGCUUGAACUAUUGAAAAUUGUUCAUCUUGAUAGCAAUCUGCUGACUGGGACAAUUCCAAGCGAGUUUGGGAACCUUUCACUUUUGUCAGAACUGACUCUUUUCAGUAACCGUUUGAGCAGCUCAAUCCCAUCCACUCUAGCCAAUCUGACGCUUCUGGAAGUGUGCAAUAUUUUGGGUGGGAACUCGAACAUGACUGGUGGGACUGUGGGUGUUUGCACUUGA